AUCACAAAAAAACUUGCUGGUGGAAUUGCAGAGACGGCUACGUGGAUGACAAACGUCACCAACGAGUAUGGCCAAGUUCUGAACUGUGUGCUAACCACAGGUGAAGGAGCAGGUUUAGAGGAGCUAUGCCAAGGCAUUGUCUUGCGUUUUCAGAAUGCUGGGGAGCCAGAGCCAGAAAUCAUUUAUGUUGACAGAGACUGCUGUGGUGCAUCAGUUCUUGAGUGGUUUCGACCAUGGAAGACAAAAGUGAGACUGGACAUUUUUCACUUCAUGAGACGAUUCACAGCAGGUCUUACCACAGAGCAUCAUCCUCUUUAUGGCACUUUCUGCUCCAAGUUGUCCUGCUGCAUUUAUGAGUGGGAUCAAGAUGAUGUGAGUCACCUUAAAGAAGCCAAGAGGUCAGAGCUGAAGAAAAAGUAUGCUGGUCAUCUUCCCACAGAAGCACAAGUUUUGGCCAACAUUAGCUCCAGUGAGCUUGCUAAACAUUGCCGAAGAAGAACCAGAGGUGUAGAAGAAACCCGGAACCUCAUCCAGGGAUUAUUAGACUCCAUGUGGGGACUGACUGACACCUCAGGUUUACGCCUGAUCAACCCUGAGAGCAUGACACGUGUGUGGCAAGUGCAGCAGAAGCACCUACCUUGUAUCCAAGAUCCUCCUGGUGCUGAACUGUACACCAAACUGGGCUCAACACAAAAGGGAGACAAAGAAGUGCAAACCUUCAGAUGUGGCAGAGGGUCUUCUUCAGUUGAAAGCUUUCAUCGACAUCAGUGUACCUUUAUACCAGGGGAGCGCAUUGCUGUGGAGUAUCUUUUAGCUCAGUCAGACAGAGGAGACCUAUUAGGUCCCAAGCAGGACAGCGAACUGGGAGUUGUUUUGCCAGAGAUGCAAGCUGAAGUUCUGGAGGAGGAAAGUCCUGAUGUCACCAUCAGUGAGGUCACUGACAUCCUCAUCAACAGCCCUCUGAAGGUGCCACAGUAUGAUGACCAGUUGGAGAUGUCACCCCCUAAUACUCCUUUUCUCCAGGAAGGGUCAUCUUCCACUUCAUCUCAGGUAAUGUGA